CCCAUGUUUCCUCUUUCUUAAAUCCAUAACUCGACCUCUCCUCUCUGCAUCAACUACAAGUAAAGUCACACAUAUCGUAUCAUCGUACAACAAGAUUAACAACACUCGUGAUUUCUCUCAAAAUCAUUCUCAGUUUAAACAUAAAGACGAAAUGUCAAUUCCGAAAAGUAUGAAAGCUAUCCGAGUUGAGAAAACAGGAGGACCAGAAGUGAAUGUUUUAGAAGAGAUACCCGUUCCUAUUCCUGGUAAAGGUGAAGGGUUGGUGAAAGUUUUAUGGACGGGUACUAAUUUUAUUGAUAAUUAUUUCCGUUCGGGUCUUUAUCCUAGACCUUUACCUUAUACUCCUGGACAAGAUAUAGUAGGGAUAUUACUUUCUCUUCCUGAAGAUUAUGUUCCUACGGAUUCUUCAGAUUUACCUCGUCUUGAAAUCGGUCAAAAGAUCCUAGCACCAGUAGCUGGGUCCGGUUCUUUCGCAGAAUACGCUACAUGUCCUAUAUCAAAGAUCGCCCCAUUACCAAAUGAUAUUCCUGGACCUGAUGGAAUAGCAGCAUCUACCACCGCGUUCACCGCUUUGGCUUUGGUCACUGAGAGUUAUGAGGUCAAAAAGGGUGAUUGGGUUUUGGUCAGGGCUGCAUCGGGAGGAGUGGGUUUGGUACUUUGUCAACUAUGCGCACACCUAGGCGCAAACGUCCUCGGCACCGUCUCCUCACCUGCCAAAGCCGAUCUAGCUAAACAAAACGGAGCACAACAUGUUCUCUUCACUACCGAUUCAUCAGAGGAGAACGUGAAACGUGUUUUGGAAUUGAGCGGAGGAGGUGUACAUGUGGUUUAUGAUGGUGUCGGGAAAGAUACUUUUGAAGAGGAUUUCGAAGUGGUUAGACCAAAAGCUACCAUUGUUACUUUUGGGAAUGCUUCGGGAGCUGUACCACCCUUUUCGCCCCUCAAACUAGGUCCAAAAGCACUCAAACUCACACGACCUACGAUGAACCCGUUCAUCUCUACUCAAGAGGAUUUCACUCGGUAUGCGAGUAAGAUCUUUGAUUUGAUCAAACAAGGUGGUUUGAAGUUCACGAUUCAUAAAAUCUAUGAUUUCUCUCCCGAAGGUGUCAGUCAAUCUCAGAUUGAUAUCGCAUCAAGGGGGACGGUGGGAAAAUUGGUCAUCAAAGUGGCGGAUGAGUAAAAUGAUUAUGUUCUUACUAUUUCGGGUUAGUGAAUGUGAUACGCCUUAAGGGUUUCGUCAGUCAAAGAUUCGCGAGACAAUGCACCAUCUUUAACAAUUG